AUGGAGAAAGAAAGUGUAGACGUAGAAAUUUCUAAUGAUAAUAUUAAAAAAAAGGAAAAUGAAGAAAAUAGUUCUAUAUAUAUAGAAAACAACAUUUUAGAAGCAUAUGACAUUUUUUCAAAUGCAUAUGAGUCAAGUGAUAACUUAAGUUUUGUGGAUAGUGAAGAAGAUGCAUCCUCUAAAAACUUAGAAAAUUCUAAAAAGAAAAAUAUUUUAAGUUUAACUGUCCAUAAUAUUAUAAAUAUAUAUCCAAACAAUGAAAGAAAUCGGGAAUUUAAAAAAUAUAAACAAAAAAAAUUAGAGGAAAAACGAAAAAAGGAGUUUGAAGAAGAAAAAAAAAUACUAGAAGCGAAAAAAAAAAUAUACGAUGAAAAAAGACAAAAAAAAUUAGAGAUAUAUAAUAUAAAAAAAAAGAAAAAGAAACUUGUUGAAAGAGAAAAAUAUAAUAAAGAAAAUAUAGAUUAUAAUUAUUUAAUGAUUUUAAAUUAUUUUGAAUUUUUAAUGGAAACUAAUAAAUCUCAUGAUAUUUAUUUUUCUUUUCAUGAUUUAUAUAUAUCUCCAAUGAGAUUGUAUUUUUUCUCUAACAUAAAUGUUAAUGACCUUUAUUAUUUAGAUUUGUCAAGAAAAUGGCUUUCCGAUAAUUACAUUCCAGCUGUAUUAGAUUUGUGCUUACAAAAAAAUGUUAAAAUAUUGAAUUUAUCUUAUAAUAAAAUAACGUCCAAUGGUUUGGAUCACUUUAUAACAUUUUUUUCGAAAAACAAGUAUUUAUUUUCUCUUAAUAUGGAAGGCAAUGACUUAACAAAUAAAGGAGAAAAUUGUGAAAAUGCCAAUAAUUUUUUUGAUGCUAUCAAAAAUAACAAAGUGAUGAAAAUUGUGAACAUAGCCAAUAGUAAUAUGAAUAUGAAUAAUGGAGAUGCAGUGUGUACAAUGCUGAAAAUGAAUAAAUCUAUUAUUAAAAUGGAUUUUGAAAAUAACAAUUUUACUCAUGAUCAAAAUCGAAGAAUAAUUGAAUAUUUGGGACGAAAUAAAGAACUAUGCAUAAAACAAGCUCAAAUCGAAAAAGAAGAAAAUGAUAAAAUGGAAAAGGAAGAAAAUUAUAUGCGCACCUAUAUUAUGUCAUUGGAAUGCUCUAUAAUUGAAAUUGAAAAUAAAGAAAGACGAAAAAAUUUAAAUAAGAUGAUAUACAUAAACAUGUGGAGAGACCAAGUAAAAAAGAAAGAAGUAUACGAAGACGAAAUUCACGAAUCACUAGAAAAGGAACAUGAAAAAAGAAUAAAAUUAUCACAAAAAAAGAAAAAAAAAAAGAAAAAGGUGUAA